AUGAAGCUGCUUCAGAACAAAAGCUACCUUUUGGUGGUUUUCCUCCUGUACGUUAGUAUAUUCGCCAGAGGCGACCAAAAAAUUGUGGAUGAAGUGAAAUAUAAUGAGGAAGUGUGCAAUGAAAAGGUCGAUUUAUACCUCCUAGUUGACGGGUCAGGAAGUAUUGGGUACGCGAACUGGAUCACAAGAGUCAUACCAAUGCUCACCGGUUUGAUUGAAAAUCUUAACCUCUCAAAGGACUCUAUUAAUUUAUAUAUGAGUUUAUUCGCAAGCCAUACAACUGAAUUGAUCAGACUUGGUAGUGGUCCAUCCAUGGACAAAAAACAAGCACUCAAUGUAGUUCGUGACUUGAGGAAAGGAUACGAACCUUACGGUAACACCAGUAUGUCGUCUGCUCUAUCAGAAGUCGAAAUGCAUUUAAAGGAUCGAGUUAACAGACCCAAUGCAAUCCAAUUGGUUAUCUUAAUGACUGAUGGUAUACCAAACAAUAAGUACAGAGCCUUGGAACUGAGCAGAGCUUUAAAGGAAAGGAAUGUGAAAUUGGCUGUUAUCGGAAUUGGACAAGGCAUUAACCACCAGUACAAUAAAUUAAUGGCUGGAUGUCGUCCCCGUGAGAGAAGCUGUAAAUUUUAUUCCUCUGCUGACUGGAGUGAAGCUAUAAGUCUUAUCAAACCUUUUAUUGCAAAGGUGUGUACUGAAGUAGAAAGAAUUGCUAAGUGUGGACCAUGGGAUGACUGGACACCAUGCAGUGUUACAUGUGGAAAGGGAACACAUAGCAGAUCAAGACCAUUGUUGCAUGCCGGAUGUACUACGCACAUGGUUAAAGAAUGUGAAAUGGAUGAAUGCCCAGUGGAACCUGAACCAGUGCCCGUACCAGCCCCUGUCCCACCCACCCCUGAAGAUGAAAAUCCACGUACCACGGAUGAGGAGGAUGACCACCCCAAUUUUCAUCAAGGUCUAGAUGUGCCUGAUGUAGAGAAUGAUGUUCCACCCGAAAAUGAUGGGGGCGAUGGAAACCCAUUCGAAGAAAAUUUCUUCCCACCAGGAGACGACACGGUACCUGACGAAUCAAAUGUCAUUCCGGUACCUCCCACAGUUCCUGGAGGUUCAAAUAGCGAAUUCUCAUCAGAUGUUGAGAAUGCGGCACAGUACCCAGAAAAUCCAGAAAAUCCAGAAAAUCCAGAAAAUUCAGAAAAUCCAGAAAAUCCAGAGAACCAAAAUAACCCAGAAGAUUUUCCAAUGGAGCCUGACAUGUCUGCAGACAACAAGAUAAAUGAACCAACGAACCCCAGCGAUAGCGGACAAGGAAUACCUGAAAACGUUAUUCCAACGCCAAUCAAUAACGAAAAGGAUAUCAUCAAUAAAAACAAGGCGGUUUAUCCUAAUGGAUCAAAUCAAUCUCAUGAUAGAUACCCCAAACCACACAGAAACGCAGGGGGAUAUGAUAACAAUCCUAAUGCAAAUUCGGACAUUCCCGAGGGUCCCUUCUCAUCUGAGGAGGAACAACCUGAGGAUAAGGGAAAGAAAUCAUCAAACAAUGGCUACAAAAUUGCAGGAGGAGUAAUUGCAGGAUUAGCUCUAGUUGGCUGUGUUGGAUUUGCAUACAACUUCGUAUCUAGCGGAGGUGCUGCAGGAAUGGCCGGUGAACCUGCGCCCUUUGAUGAGGCGAUGGCUGAAGAUGAAAAAGACGCUGGAGAGGCAGAUCAGUUCAAGUUACCCGAGGAUAAUGACUGGAACUGA